CCAGAAUGCCUGUGUCAGGACACCAUUCAGGCCUUUGUCCCUCUCCAUGGAGGACUCCAUUUCCCAGAAUGCCGUUUCAUGACUUCUUAGUGUAGGUUCCUUGCCACUGUGGAAGCCCCAAAGCAUGCUGGGAACCCCAACGUGGGCCGUCGCUGCUCUUGGAAGUCUCACCUCAGUGCUUCUUGGAGCUUUGCUGGGCACACACAGAGCACGUCUCCCCACCUCGGGGCUGCCACCCUUGAAGCACCCCAGGGUGGCCCCGCAGAGAGCCCACAGUCAGAGAAAUGGCCCCCAGGACCCCGAGGUCCCCCUCCCAGGGGUCAAUAACACUCAAGGAUGUCACUGUGGACUUCACACAGGAAGAAUGGGUCCUGUUGGAUCAUUCCCAGCAAGGGCUGUACCUGGAGGUCAUGCUGGAGAAUGUGCAGAAUCUACACUCUGUGGGACUUCUAGUUCCUAGAGAAAAAUUUAUCUCCUGUUUUCAGCAAAGGGAAACACCAUGCCUGCUAGAGCAAGAAUGUCCAAGGAGCCCCUAUCCAGGGGCAAAGAGUAAUUUUGAAGUGAAGGAGAUGUUUGAAAAGUUGAGACAUUGUGUGGAAGUAUAUGGCCCUCAAAGAUUCAUGACCGAGGUUUCCUGUGACUUUAUUUUGAGAGAAAUCUGUGACUCUAAUAUGAAGGUAAAUAAAAAUCCAAAGAGUGACUGUGAAGUCGAUGAAACUGUAGAGAAAUCCAGCCAAUAUUCCGUGCUAAAUAGGUAUACAAAAUUGACCUCCGGGAAUGAGUGUUGUCAGGAUAGUAAAUCCAGCAAGUGCUUUCCUGAAGAAGGACUUAUUCACUCCUCUGAGAAAUCUCCUGAAAUGCCCAUGUAUAAAGGCAACCUAGGGAGAUUGGCCUUUGGCUGCCAUUUAGAACUCAUUAAACAUCCAAAAAGCAAACAUGUAAAGAUGGUUUGUAUGAGUAAUAAAGGUAGGAAACCUUUUAGUCAGAACUCUGAGAUUGCUGUACAUCCAAUAAUCCACUCUGGAGAAAAACCUCAUGAAUGUAAGCAAUGUGGAAAGAUUUUUACAGAGAGGGGCCAUCUUGCUUCUCAUCAGAGAAUCCACACUAUAGAGAAACCUUAUGAAUGUAAACAGUGUGGAAACACUUUCACAGAGAGGGGCUCUCUUGUUGAACAUCAGAGAAUCCACACUGGAGAAAAUCCCCAUGAAUGUAAAGAUGGUGGAAAGGCUUUCAGAGAGAUGAACAGUCUUGUUUCACAUCAGAGAUACCAUGCUGGAGAGAAACGUUGUGAAUGUACACAGUGUGGAAAGGCUUUCGCCAAAAGGAGCAGUCUUGCUGUACAUCAGAGAAUCCACACUGGGGAGAAACCUUAUGAAUGUAAACAGUGUGGAAAAGCUUUCAGAACGAGGUCCCAUCUUGUUAGACAUCAAAGAAUCCAUACUAGAGAGAAACCUUUUGAAUGUAAACAGUGUGGAAAGGCUUUUAUAGAUAGUAGCUCUCUUACUAAACAUCAGAGGAAUCACAGUGAAGAGAAACCUUAUGAAUGUAAACACUGUCUGAAGGGUUUCAAACAGAGGACCUUUCUUGUUGUACAUCAGAGAAUCCACACUGGAGAAAAACCUUACAAAUGUAAACACUGUGGAAAGGCUGCCAGACAGAGGAGCACUCUUAUUGUGCAUCAGAGAAUCCACACUAGAGAGAAACCUUAUAAAUGCAAACAGUGUGGAAAAACUUUCACGAAAAGGUUCCAGCUUGGUAUACACGAGAGAAUCCACAGUGGAGAGAAAAGUUAUAAAUGUAAACAGUGUGAAAAAGCUUUCACAGAAAGGUCCCAUCUUGCUACACACCAGAGAAUCCACAGUGGAGAGAAACCGUAUGAAUGUAAACAGUGUGGAAAAGCUUUCACAAGGAGGUCCCAUCUUUCUACACACCAGAGAAUCCACAGUGGAGAGAAACCUUAUGAAUGUAAACAGUGUGGAAAAGCUUUCACAACGAGGUCCCAUCUUGUUAGACACCAGAGAAUCCACACUGGAGAGAAACCUUAUGAAUGUAAACAGUGUGGAAAGAUUUUCAAAUGGAAGGGUUCUUUUACUCAACAUCAGAGGAUUCAUACUGGAGAGAAACCUUUUGACUGUAAACAGUGUGGAAAGGCUUUUAUAAAUAGUGGCUCUCUUACUAAACAUCAGAGGAAUCACAGUGAAGGGAAACCUUAUGAAUGUAAACCCUGUCGUAAGACUUUCAAACAGAGGACCUUUCUUAUUGUACACCAGAGAAUCCACACUGGAGAGAAACCUUAUGAAUGUAUACAGUGUGGAAAGGCUUUCACAGAAAGGAGAAAACUUACUAAACAUAAGAGAAUCCAUACUGGAGAGAAACCUUAUGGAUGUACACAGUGUGGAAAGCAUUUUACAGAAAGGGGCAGUCUUACGAAACAUCAGAGAAUCCAUACUGGAGAGAAACCUUAUGGAUGUACACAGUGUGGAAAGCAUUUCACAAAAAGGUACGUUCUUACUUGUCAUCAGAGAAUCCACACUGGAGAGAAACUUUAUGAAUGUAAACACUGUGGUAAGACUUUAAAAGAGAGGAGCUCUCUUGUCGCACAUGAGCGAAUCCAUACUGGAGAAAAGCCAUAUAUAUGUAAUCACUGUGGAAAGGCUUUCAGGCAGAGGAGCCUUCUUGCUAGACAUCAGAGAAUCCACACUAAAGAUAAACUUUAUGAAUGUAAACUGUGUGGAAAGGCUUUCACAAAUAGUUACUAUCUUACUGUACAUCAGAGAAUCCACACUGGAGAGAAACCUUAUGAAUGUAAACAGUGUGGAAAAGCUUUCACAGAGAAGGGUUCUCUUGUUAGACAUCAGAGAAUCCACACUAGAGAGAAACCUGUUGAAUGUAAACAGUGUGGAAAGACAUUAAUAGACAGGCACUCUCUUGUUGCACAUCAGAGAAUUCACACGGGAGAAAAACCAUAUAAAUGUAAUCACUGUGGAAAGGCUUUCAGAGUUAAGAGCACUUUUGCUGUACAUCAGAGAAUCCACACUGGAGAGAAACUUUAUGGAUGUAGACACUGUGGAAAGACUUUCACAUAUAGUCGCUCUUUUACUGUACAUCAGAGAAUCCACACUGGGGAGAAACCUUAUGAAUGUAAACAGUGUGGAAAAGCUUUCACAGAGAAGGGUUCUCUUGUUAAACAUCAAAGAAUCCAUACUAGAGAGAAACCUUUUGAAUGUAAACAGUGUGGAAAGGCUUUUAUAGAUAGUGGCUCUCUUACUAAACAUCAAAGGAAUCACAGUGAAGAGAAACCUUAUGAAUGUAAACACUGUCUGAAGGGUUUCAAACAGAGGACCUUUCUUAUUGUACAUCAGAGAAUCCACACUGGAGAAAAAUCCUACAAGUGUAAACACUGUGGAAAGGCUGUCAGACAGAGGAGCACUCUUAUUGUGCAUCAGAGAAUCCACACUGGAAAGAAACCUUAUGAAUGCAAACAGUGUGGAAAAACUUUCACGAAAAGGUUCCAGCUUGGUAUACACCAGAGAAUCCACAGUGGAGAGAAAAGUUAUAAAAGUAAACAGUGUGAAAAAUCUUUCACAGAAAGAUUUCAUCUUGCUACACACCAGAGAAUCCACAGUGGAGAGAAACCUUAUGAAUGUAAACAGUGUGGAAAGACUUUCACGAAAAGGUUCCAGCUUGGUGUACACCAGAGAAUCCACAUUGGAGAGAAAAGUUAUGAAUGUAAACAGUGUGGAAAAACUUUCAUGAAAAGGUUCCAGCUUGCUAUACACCAGAGAAUCCACAGUGGAGAGAAAAGUUAUAAAUGUAAACAGUGUGGAAAAGCUUUCACAGAAAGGUCCCAUCUUGCUACACACCAGAGAAUCCACAGUGGAGAGAAACCUUUUGAAUGUAAACAGUGUGGAAAAACUUUCAUGAAAAGGUUCCAGCUUGAUAUACACGAGAGAAUCCACAGUGGAGAGAAACUAUAUGAAUGUAAACAGUGUGGAAAAGCUUUCAACAGGAGGUCCCACCUUGCUACACAUCAGAGAAUCCACACUGGAGAGAAACCUUAUGAAUGUAAACAGUGUGGAAAAGCUUACACAGAGAAGGGCUCUCUUGUUAGACAUCAGAGAAUACACAGUGGAGUGAAACCUUUUGAAUGUAAACAGUGUGGAAAAGCUUACAUAGAGAAGGGCUCUCUUGUUAGACAUCAGAGAAUACACACUGGAGUGAAACUUUUUGAAUGUAAACAGUGUGGAAAGACUUUAUCAGAGAGGCGCUCUCUUGUUGCACAUCAGAGAAUCCACACGGGAGAAAAACCAUAUAAAUGUGAUCAAUGUGGAAAGUUUUUCAGGCUUAGGAACAGUCUUGCUGUACAUCGGAGAAUCCACACUGGAGAGAAACCUUAUGAAUGUAAACACUGUGGAAAGCGUUUCAAUCACAGGAACAGUUUUACUAGACAUCAGAGUAUCCACACUUGACAGAAACUUUAUGGAUGUAAACUGUGAAAAGGCUUUCACAAAUAGUCGCUCUCUUACUGUACAUCAGAGAAUCCACACUGGAGAGAAACCUUAUGAAUGUAAACAGUGUGGAAAAGCUUUCACAAAGAGGUCCCUUCUUGUUAGACAUCAAGGAAUCCACACUGGAGAGAAACCUUUCGAAUGUAAGCAGUGUGGAAAGACUUUUAUAGAUAGUGGAGCUCUUACUAAACAUCAGAGGAAUCACAGUGAAGAGAAACCUUAUGAAUGUAAACAUUGUCAGAAGGCUUUCAAACAGAGGACCUUUCUUGUUGUACAUUAGAGUAUCCACACUGGAGAGAAACUUUAUGAAUAAACAGUGUGGAAAAAUUUUCACAUGGAAGGGUUCUCUUACUCAACAUCAGAGGAUUCAUACUGGAGAGAAACCUUUUUGGGUGGAUUGAAAAAUUAGUAGUAUUCUCAAGAUAAUAGUUAUUAAUACUUAAGUUAGUAAACCUGGUCUCCAAUAUUUACCCACGUCCCUCAUUAAGCUCCCAUGAAGACAAGAUUAACUCGCCCUCCAUCUUUCUCCUUGUAGGACAAAGAGUUUACAGCCUGUAAAUGUUUGGGCUUUUCUUAGACUCUCACAUUCCAGAUGAUCAAAUCUUAAGAACUCUUUUGUCUUAGAAAUUCUUCCAAUUGAAUCAAAGGCUUCCUCCAAGUAGUCAAGGUCUAGCUGGAAUGAUACUAUGUACCUAUUGUAAAACUUCAGCCCCUGCCAGAUAAUCUGCUUCCCCAGAACUCCCCUCUUUGUAUGUAUUUCCAGCUUCCUGAUUGUUUCUUGAAAGUGUUAAUUGGCUUGCAUUUGUAUCCAUUGUAACCUAAUAUUCCUAUCCCUUAUUUCUAGAUGUCAGCCAUUGUAAGAAUGUUAUCUCUUCAGGGAGGUUUCAUGAUUCUGGAAAUAAGGGAUUUUUCUGUGAAUUUUGGGUGUAUUUGUCAUAGGUCAGCGGCUUGAGAUAAUGCUCAAUUCUCUCUCUGUCUCUCUCUCUGUCUGUCUCUCUCUCUGUCUCUGUCUCUCUCUCUCUCUCUCUCUCUCUCUCUCUCUCUCUCUCUCUCUCUCUCUCUCUCUCCACACACACAGUUUACAUUCAUAAAGUUUAUCUUCAGUGUGGAUUCUCUGAUGUCUAACAAGAAUUUUCCUCUGCCUGAAAGCCUUUCAUGCUAAUCAUCUCUUAUUCCCAUUGAGAAUUCCCUUUGGAUAGACAUCUUAUUUCUGUUAUGAAUUAAGAAAGGCAUUGAAUUGGAGAGUUCAGAGCUUGUUCAGUUGGAGAAAAUGUCUUCUGCCCAGAUCAGUUCCAGAUGGGUAUCCUGUAGGAAAGCUUUUAGUUAGAGAUCAUAUCUCUUACGUUAUAUCAGAAGAUUCAUAGUGCACAAAAACCUCAUGAAUAUACUGAAGUUUUAUGUUUCCCUCAGGAGGAGAAUGAUGAUGAAUAUUAAGAGAAAUGUCAAUUAUAAUAAGUUAGAUGGUUCACCCCAUAUCUGUUGUUUUGGGUAUUUUAGCAGAAAAGGAAAGUGAUAAAAGUUGGAGAUGUGGGAAAACUGAGAUACUAAUGGAAUUUUAGAGGAUUGGUGGACUGAUUAACCCUUUUGUAGGGAGUAGUUUGGAACUAUAUUGCUGGGGGCCAUCAGUCCAUGACGCCUUGAGAGAGUCACGCAUGGUAGCUGGGGAGACCACAGAGUGGUCCUUGGCGAGAUGUGACUGCCACUCUAUCCCCCUUGUGUGACUUCUUUCAUCAGUGCCCCUUACCUAUGAAUUGACAUAGUUAUUAUUCCCCCUAGUCUCAAAAGAAAUAAUGGAAGAGUAAAACACCUGUACCCUAAUUCUCCAAAACAUCACCAAAAGACCAGACCCUCAAACCCAAUCCCAAAAAGACUAUCAUGGUUGAACUUUUACUCAGGUACAUAAUAACCAGCAAAACCACAGUUACAGACCAAGCCAAAAACUUUCCCACAUACAGAAGCCUAUUCUCCUGAAGUCAGCACACAAAUCAAUCAUAGAGGCCCAAGUACAGGUACAUCAAGCUUCAGUAUGCCUCAGUGACUCGAUCAGGCAAAUCAGUAACUCCCUAGAACCCACCUGUCUAAACUUGAAUUGUGUUCCCAGACCCCUCUGCCUCCAUGAUAUGAUUGUUGAAUUGUCUUCUAAGAACUGCUGAAUAAUUAUUCCAUUUCAUUAAAAGCAAUAUGUAAUUUUUCUUGAUUGAUUGUAAGCUCAAAACUUCUCACAGGAUAAUGAGAAAAUUAAGCCACCUGUGACAAAAAUAGUUUAUCUUGUGUGCAACCUUUAUUCUGUCUGUAAUCACAAUACAAGAAUAUAGAAUGUUAAUCAAGUGAUUUGUUAAAAGUUGAUGUAUCACUUUUCCAAUUAUCUCUCUUUGAUUUUGUGUAUAUGCGUGCCAAGAGAAUGGGUAUAAAAAUAAAGAUCAGACAUUGGGAAAGUGGAGCAGCUGUCAGAUGCAAAGCAAUCCCAUGGCUGUUAUGAUUAA